CCUGAAGACACCUCUCCUACCAGCCAAUCCCCUGAACACUGGGGUUGGAAUCACAGGCAGCCUGCUCACAGAAAAAGCAUUCUGCAAAUUCUGAUAUCUUGAGCAAAAGUUUCAUAGGUGGUGGACCAUGGAGCUUCUUGUGAAUGUAAGAAAAUGGAUAGAAGAAAACAAAACUGCCUUUUUGCCACCUGUUUGCAAUAAGCUUAUGCAUCGCUAUCAAUUAAAUGUGAUGUUUGUUGGAGGGCCAAAUGAAAGGAAGGAUUAUCAUAUUGAAGAAGGAGAAGAGCUUUUUUACCAGGUUCAAGGAGAUAUGUGUUUGAAGAUAAUUGAAAAUGGGAAACACAAAGACAUUGUCAUACGAGAAGGGGAGAUGUUCCUGCUACCUGCCAGGAUACCUCAUUCUCCUCAGAGAUACAAAAACACUGUGGGUCUUGUGAUUGAGAGGGAAAGAUUAAAAACAGAAAUGGAUGGGCUAAGAUACUAUGUUGGAGAAUCAACUGAUGUCCUCUUUGAAAAAUGGUUUCACUGUGAAGAUCUCGGCACUCAGCUUAUACCAAUAAUUCAAGAGUUUUUCAAUUCAAGGCAAUAUAAAACUGGAAAACCAAACCCAGAUGAACUCAUGAAAGAAACACCUUUCCCAUUGAAUUCCACUUCUGUUAUGGAGCCAUUUUCCUUCUCAAGCUGGUUAAAUGAUCAUCGUGGUGAAAUAAAACAGAAAAAAUCCUUGAGUAUGUUUGGAGAUAACUUUGAAACAGAGGCUAUAGCUUAUGGACCAGGAACAACUGAGAAAAGUAAAAAGAAUUCAGAUAUCUGGAUAUGGCAGCUGGAGGGCACAUCGACUGUUGCCAUGGAUGGCAAAACCCUGACUCUCUCUGCUGGUGACAGCCUGCUUGUCCGUGCCCAGUCUGUGUACUGCUGGAAAAGAGCAGAAGACUGUGUUGCUCUCUGCAUUGCUCAAGAUCCAAAACGCAAGCAGCCUUAUAAAUAACUCCUGUGUCAGUUGGCUUUGAGGAUAACCAAGUUUUAACCUACCUUAAUUAUCUUUUACUCAGAAUGCCUGGAAAUUUGAAUAUUCUAACACAAUGAUUAAGUGGAGUCAAGUGCUGUGCCCAAUUUAAACUUUUUUCCCAAGUAGUUAAUUUUUAACAAAAUUUAUAAUCAGUAUUUUUUUUAAGACCCAGCACUUUGUUUGAUUUUAUCUGAAAGGAAAUGACCACAUAUCCAAGUAGUAGGAUUACUUACCUAAUAAUACAAGAUACUAUCUAGACUAAACUAGAGUCUUUUGAAAUGCAAGUCUCUGCCACAAGAUGCAGAAAAGGAGAUGGGACAGAUACUGUUACACUACUGAGGUAACAGGCUGGAUGCUGCGUGCACACUGCACUGAACAACGCUGCAAUGGGACUAAACAGGAGCACCUGGGUCAUGGGUGUGCCCCUGUGCAGCAGAAUGUUAGGGGGUAGGAGAGCAGAAAAAUUAUUAUAAUCCAUGUCUAUUAACUGCUGCUUCUUUUUGAACAAUGAAGUUUCUUGCAGAGAUGAUACGUGUCAAAUUAUAUUUUGCUGCUUUUAUUCCGAGAACUCUGCAGAUGAGUUUUUGUUUGGGUUUUGGUUUUAUUUAAUUGUUCUUCACAUUGUCAACAUCAGAAAACCCGUUGCUUAGAUACCUGCAGGUAUUAUCAAUUAAAUAUUUGAGAAAGCAAAAGUUACUUAUUCCUGAUUUUUUUUUUAAUUCUAAUUAAGUUCAGAAAAAUAUUUGUUUCAUCUAUCACCUAUAAAGCUCAUUAAACUGAGAUGUC